AUGUCGAUCGCACAUACGCUUAGUGGCACUGUCGCCACGUCAGCCGCGGCUUCAGGAUUUGGGUUCUUCGGCGCCAAGCGAAAUGCUCGUCAAAUUCAAAUUUCCAAGAAGCGCGUAUCGCGGAUCUUCUUCGAGUUCCAUACUAUCCUGCCACGCGCCUUAGGAAGCGAGCGACCGGCGACAGAGACGAUCGCACGAGAAAAAGAGAGACUUAGAACCGGCGAGGCAGGAGGUGAUCCUAACGGAGGUGAUCUUAGUGGGACGAAUCCAGCAAAGUUGCGCGACGCCGGCUCCAGCAAAGCAGUCACGGCUUACGUCCCCGCAUCGCCUUUCUCUCCUCAGGUGGCAGCAGCAGCAGCAUCGUUGGAGGGCGAAUUCGCGGAGGUGGAUAGGCUGGUGGCGGUGAACUUGAAGCGCGUUCUCGAUGCCUUCGCCUCUGCACGUGUGGGGCGACACCAUUUCAGUGGCACCACAGGGUACGGCCACGGGGACGCAGGAGGCAGAGAGGCGCUGGAUUCGGCCUUUGCUCAGAUCGUUGGCGCUGAGGCAGCAUGUGUGCGCGCACAGUUCUUCUCAGGCACACAUGCAAUCGCUGCUGCUCUCUAUGCCGUUCUGCGCCCUGGGAACGAGCUGCUGUCAGUGGCAGGGGCGCCGUAUGACACAAUGGAGGAGGUGAUUGGGCUCAGAGGCACGCCGGGGCACGGGUCGUUGAGGGAGUUUGGCGUGUCAUACCGGCAGAUUGAGUUGACAUCACAGGGCGGGCUGGACUGGGAAGCCCUCUGCACACCAGGGGCAGUAGCAGAGCGAACACGCUGUGUGCUGGUACAGCGCUCGUGUGGAUACUCGCUAAGAGAAACACUUACAGUGGAGCAGAUUGGGCGAAUUGUGGAACUAGUGAAGGCCCAGAACCCAUCAUGCGUUGUUGUGGUGGACAACUGCUACGGAGAGUUCGUGGAGGAGAGAGAGCCAACACAUGUGGGCGCAGACCUUAUAGCGGGGAGUCUUAUAAAGAAUCCUGGAGGGACGAUAGCCCCCAGCGGGGGGUACGUGGCGGGGAGGGCGGACCUGGUGGAGGCUGCUGCUGCCAGGCUGGCUGCUCCUGGCAUCAGCUCGGGCGCAGGAGCAACAAGUGGCGAGGUGAUGCGGCUGAUGUUCCAAGGGCUGUUCCUGGGCCCACAGAUGACAGGCGAGGCCAUCAAGGGCAGUCUACUCGUGGCAGAGGUGAUGGCGAAUGAAGGGUUUGCUGUUCAUCCCCGGCCCCGGGCACGGCGGAAAGACAUCAUCCAGGCUGUCAUUCUCUCCUCGCCAGCUCGCCUCCUUGCCUUCUGCCAAGCCGUGCAGCGGCGGUGCCCCGUUGGAGCUUACAUCAAGCCAACAGCAGGAGUGACAGCAGGUUACGAGUCUGAGGUGGUGUUUGCAGACGGCACCUUCAUAGACGGCAGCACCAUCGAGCUCUCAUGUGACGGGCCCCUCCGUCCGCCCUUUGCAGUAUUCUGCCAGGGUGGGGCCCAUUGGGUUCAUUGGGCGAUUGCCCUUGAUGAGGUUCUGGUUGCUUUGGAUGCGCUGUGA